AUCUGACCAUCUCGUCUCGUAUUACAUGGCACUGUACCUCCACCCAGCAGAAUAGCGCCAUUUUCACCAGUGUCCUCCCCUUCUUGCGAGUCUCCAUUUCUUCACCAUCACGCAUAGCUGCUGUGCCGAAACACUUGUUUACCCUUUCGGCAUGUUAGCAUCGAAGUCUCUUUAUACACCAGCAAACGAGUUUGAACAUGAACACUUAAUAACGUUGCUUCUUCGUAAGAAGAGGCCCUUGUUAGAUGCUGACACGGCGCGGAUCGAAGAAGAUAUCUCUACCCUUGAACUCGAAAUCUCCAGUUUGGAGAGACAAAUGAUCAUGCUGAUGCGCAAAAAAGACCAGUUGGAGCAUUCGCUGUCCAGGCGAAAAGCACUGCUGUCGCCUAUCCGUCGUCUUCCAAGUGACGUUCUUCUGGAGAUAUUCUCCUGGGCCGUUCAUCGUCCCAAGAACAGCCUCGAUGUCACCACGGGCGUGUGGCCUCUGGGCCAAGUCUGUGGAUGCUGGCGAGACAUUGUAUCAACCUUGCCUGUCUUAUGGUCGGUUGUCAUUUUGCAACCGCCGUACACGCACCACUCAGUGGACAUACUCUCCCACCAUUUCCGUCGCUCUGCACAGUUUCCAUUAUGGAUAGCAAUAAGGACUGAAGGCCACGUUAUUGAUAGACGUAUCUUUGAUAUGGUCCUUCAAAAAUCCGCGUUGUGGAAAAUGGUGGACAUGUGCGCUCGAUCGAAAGACCUAGAGAAACUUGCUUCUGUAUCAGGAAAUAUUCCUUUGUUGGAGGAGUUGUAUGUUUCUACCGCAGACACUGCGGACUUCAGCACAGAUGCAUUGUCCUCUGCACCAUCUCUUCGACGUGUCAACGUUGAAUCGCUGGAGAUUUCCCAGAUGCCUUUGAAUGCUAGCCUAAGCAUUCUCACGCAUUUUAGUGGAACAUUGCAUCAUUUGGCAGACAUCCGGUACAUCACCCAGGUACAAACGCUCGUCGAAAUUAGUAUCUUGUUUUUCGACGAUUGGGAUGGACCUCUGGACUCUAGUAAUUUGUUACCCGUUCGAAUGGAACAACUUCAGUCCCUAACAGUCAAUGAUAUGGGGAUGACGUUGACAUUCAUUCGCUUCAAGAAUUUCUGACGCGAUCCGCUUGCUCCAUCGAACAUUUGGCCAUUUUCCCGGAGGUGGUUCAGAAGUUCCAUCAUCUUAGGGCCUUCACAAAAAAUUUUACUCAGCCUGAAAUCCUUUCCGCAAUGAAGAGGCUGACGUUCACCAUCAAUAUCGAUGCCGUCUGGAAAAGACCUUACGGGAAAAUGGUCAUUGACGUCGUUCGCCAACGCUUUGAUGAAGAGCGAGCGGCAGAAUUGAAUGUCACAAGGCUGUCUCACCUGUGUAUAAAUUGUGUUAGUAACAGAGUCAUCAACUGGCUAAAAAGCGAUGGGCUUG